CUCAAACAUAACAAAAGCUCCCGGGGAAACGAGCCCAACCUGUUUGCCACGGGGCUGCGGCCGCGGCAGGAAUGUGGGCGGUUGGUGACCACAGGCGGGUCCCAGGGGACGCGGAGCCCCGGCAGCCGCACUCCCGCCCUCGGCACCCAGGCGGCCGCAUCAUGCUCCCGCUGCUCCCGCUGCUCCCGCUGCUCCCGCUGCUGCCGCUGCUCCUGCCCGCGGCACACGGCACAGCCCUGGUUGGGCCCAGGCCAGCCCUGACCCAGGAGCAGCUGGAGGGGGUGAUAACUGCCUCCACCUUCGUGCUGGACCAGCCCCGCUGCACCUUCAAAGACUACGGCAACGCCGUCAUCUGGCUGGUGGUGGCCCUGGACAAGGAUGCAUCCACCUUCAACAACAGCGCGGAGCCGGGCACUCCCGAGACCGCAUUCCAGAGCUUCCCGGACCCCGUCCGUGCCUACAUGACCCUCAAUGCCACCCUGGGCAGCUACCCCUGCCCCAAGCCCACCGGGGACAUCACGGUGCUGCGCGUGGGCAGCGAGACGAGCUGCGCCCAGGACGUGAUGAGACCCACGUGCAAUGGCCCCCUGCCCGGCCCCGGGCCCUACCGGGUGAAGUUCCUCGCCCUGGAGGGCUCUGUGCCCGUGGCGGAGACAGCCUGGUCGGCGCCAAUCAUGCUGAGGACAGCCAAACCCCCCAGCGCCAUCCCCACGACGCGCAGCGGGCACAACGCCGGCAUGAUCGCCAUCACCACCAUCCUCUCCAUCCUCUUCGCCAUCCUCCUGGCCGGGCUGGUGGUCAUGCUCGUCUUCUGGGGCUCGGACUCCUGCGGCGGCAGCGGCUCCUUCAGCAAGCCGGAGUCGGUGACGGUGCGGCGGUACAACACGCACCACGUCUAUGACCAGCCGGCCGCCCGGCUCUGAGCCCCGCCGCCCCCGGAGCGGGGUAAAUGUGACCCAUCCCCGUGGGUGACACCGGCCCGCCGCCGUGGGGACACGGCCGGAGCCGCCGCCCGGCACGGGGCGGCGCAGCGGGACAUUAAAGGCUUUUCCGCAUGCUUGGC